AGUAUUUUUAAAAAUGAUAUAAAAAACAACUCAAAAAUAAAAAAAAUAAAAAAAUAAUAAAAAAAAAAAAUCAAAAGAAAAAAUGGUUUUAAAAAAGAUUUUUUGUCGAAAGCGCACUAAAACUAAAGCUAAUGAAGAUCGUCAUGUUUCUGCACACAAUGCUGAGCAUAACAGUAUAUACUGUAGCAAUUUCAUUAAAACUUCAAAGUAUAACAUUGUUACCUUUCUUCCACUGAAUUUGUUUGAGCAGUUUCGAAAAGCAGCAAAUCUCUACUUUCUUUUUCAAAUAAUUAUAAUGUCAAUUCCCAAAAUCACUGCUUUAAAUCCUGCUUCUACAGCUGUUCCACUUGCUCUUGUUCUUCUUGCUACCAUGAUUAAAGAUGGAUUUGAUGAUUAUGGAAGGCAUAAAAGUGACAGUCAAAUUAAUAAUAAAAUAGCCAAUGUUUUGGAACCAGACGGCCUAAAAAAGAAAAAAUGGCAAGAUGUUUCUACUGGAGAUAUAAUUAAAGUCGAAGAUGAUGAAUCUAUUCCUGCUGAUGUUUUGCUUAUAUCAACACAAAAUCCUAGCGGACUAUGUUUUAUAGAAACUGCAGAUUUAGAUGGCGAAACAAACCUUAAAGUUCGUCAACCACUUUCUGAAACUAAUGAAUUAUUUGUCAAUGAUGUUGCAAUCCAAAGUUUUAAUGGUGAAGUAAAAUGUGAGCCUCCAAACAAUAGACUAGAAAGGUUCACAGGUAAUCUGAUAUGGAAUGAUGUCACUUAUUCUUUGGAUAAUGGAAAUAUUGUACUUAGGGGAUGUGUUUUGCGUAAUACCCCUUGGAUAUAUGGCAUAGUUUUAUAUGCCGGACAUGACUCAAAGUUAAUGAUGAACAGUGGUAAAACUGUCUUUAAACGAACCAAAUUGGAUAGAAUGACAAACCUUUUGGUCAUAUGGAUUGCUAUAUUGCUAGCUUUAAUUUGCUCUUUCUGUUCAUUAAUGUCAUAUUUUAUGGAAAAAAAUAUUGGAAAGAAUUUUCAAAUAUUUUUACCAUGGGAAGAAUUUUACAAGAACAGUCCUGCUUUGAUUGCUCUUAUUAACUGGCCAGGUUUUGUAAUGGUAUUGAAUACUUUAAUACCAAUAUCAUUGUAUAUCAGUGUUGAGUUAAUUCGUUUGGGACAAAGUCUUCUUAUAAGUAAUGAUGUUGAACUCUAUGAUGAAGGUACUGACACACCUGCAAUUGCUAGAAAUACUACCUUAACAGAAGAGCUGGGUCAAAUAGAAUACAUUUUUUCUGAUAAGACCGGAACACUAACACAAAAUAUCAUGGAGUUUAAAAAAUGUUCAAUCAAUGGCAAGAUUUAUGGUCAUAUUGCAAAUUCUAAUGGCGAUUCUCUUGAUAAAGUGGAUGGCAUUGAUUUUUCAUUUAAUAAGUAUUCUGAUCUCUCUUUCCAGUUUUAUGAUCAAAGCUUAAUUGAUGAAAUUAAAAAAAAAGAUGAGCAUUGUAUGGAGUUUUUUCGAAUUCUUGCACUUUGCCACACUGUCAUGGUGGAAGAAAAAAUUGAAGAAAAAGAUCCUUCAAAGAAUGGUUUUGAUGUAACAGAUUUUGUUCCAUGUCAAAGAUCACCAGCUAUCGAGUACCAAGCCCAAUCACCUGACGAAGGAGCACUUGUAGCUGCUUCUAGAAACUUUGGGUUUAUAUUUAAGAGUCGUACUCCUAAUUCUAUUUUAAUUGAAACACCUGCUGGAGAAGAGACCUAUGAGCUUAUAUGUAUCUUAGACUUUGAUAAUGUUAGAAAAAGAAUGUCCGUCAUUGUUAGAAAAAACAAUAUCAUUACCCUUUAUUGUAAAGGGGCAGAUACGGUAUUGUAUGAACUGCUAUCACCUGAGUCUAAGCCAAUAAAAGGUCCUACUCUAGAACAAUUAGAUAUUUUUGCUUCUGAAGGAUUGCGCACAUUAGUGCUAGCCUCUAGAAUUCUCACAGAAGAAGAGCUAACAGAAUGGCAAGCGUUAUACAAGAAAGCAAGCACAGCAAUGGAAGCAAGGGAAGAAAAAUUAAUGCAGGCUUUUGAAAUGAUUGAGAAAAAUUUAACUUUAAUUGGAGCUACAGCUAUUGAAGACAAACUACAGGAUCAUGUACCAGAAACAAUAGCUAAUCUUGCAGAGGCAAACAUUAAGAUUUGGGUACUUACUGGUGAUAAACAAGAAACUGCUAUUAAUAUUGGCUACUCAAGCAUGCUUCUUACUGACAAUCUAAUCGACGUGUUCAUUAUUAACACUGAAGAAAAUGAAAUUGACAUACAGAUGAAGGGUUUUCUUGAAAAAGUCAAUCAAUUUUCAACUUUAAAUCAUAACGAUAUAAAAUCACCUAAAGUUGGAAUUAUUGCUGAUCAUGAUGAUCACUAUGUGCAAGAAAUGACUGAAGAAAAUUGUGAAAAAGAAGGUUUUGGACUUGUGAUUUCAGGAAAAUAUUUGGCUCAUGCACUUUUACCAAAACAUGAAAUGACUUUUUUGGAGCUUGCAAAGUUAUGUAAAGCUGUAAUAUGUUGUCGCGUGACACCUCUUCAAAAAGCGCUUGUUGUGGAACUAGUUAAAAAAAAUGUGAAAGCAACAACAUUAGCUAUUGGAGAUGGUGCAAAUGAUGUUAGCAUGAUUAAAGCUGCACAUAUUGGUGUUGGUAUCAGUGGUAAAGAAGGUCGUCAAGCUGUGUUAGCUGCAGACUAUUCUUUUGCUCAGUUUAGGUUUUUGGAGCGUUUGCUUAUGGUGCAUGGUCGCUGGUCAUACUGGCGAAUGUCAAAGUUCCUUGGUUAUUUCUUCUAUAAAAAUUUUGCUUUUACGCUAGUGCAAUUCUGGUAUUCUUUUUUUAAUGGCUUCACAGCUAUGACUUUGUAUGACACCUGGUUUUUAUCAGUUUACAAUGUUUGCUUUACAUCCCUACCUGUUUUGGCUCUGGGUAUUUUUGACCAGGAUGUUUCUGCAGCUAGUUCAUUGCGUUACCCACGGUUGUACAUCCCAGGUCAAUCAAAUACUUUAUUUAACAAAAAAGCUUUUAUUGUUAAGUUGUUUCAUGGAGUUUUUACUUCAUUAGCAUUAUAUUUUAUUCUCUAUGGAAUAUAUCAUGAUCGUGUCAGUUCUACUGGAAAACCCGAAAGUAUAUAUGACGAAUUAUCAGUUGCUAUUGGAGCUAUUCUAGUAAUUGUUGUAAAUUUGCAAAUGGCAUUCGACACCUGUCAUUGGACUUGGAUUAAUCAUUUUUUUAUUUGGGGAAGUAUUGUGUUUUAUUUUUUAUAUACUUUUGCUACUUACUCUUCUGUUGCGUUUAAUAAAUUGCCAUCGACAUUUCCGUCCGUUGGAGCAGCUGAAAAUACAUUUGGUAGUGGAGUGUUUUGGGCAGCUCUUCUAUUGACUUCAAUUGUUUGUAUAUUGCCGGUUCUUGGUUAUAGAUGGUGCAAACAGAAAUUAUAUCCUACCUUUACAGAAUAUGUUAGGCGUGGUUUAUGGAAAGAAAGUCGUCCUAAAAGACAUCUUCGUGGAAAACACCAUUCUUUGCGUUCACGUCCGGCGUCAACACGUUCUGGUUUUGCUUUUGCGCAGAGAGCUCGUUUAGGGGAAAUGAUUAUGAGCGGCAAAUGGCUUCCAAAAAUAAAAACAAAAUCAAGGCAGUCGUUUGAUAUACCACAGAUUAGCAAAGAUAUUUAGUUUUGAAUAUUGUAAUUUAGAAAAUUAAUCCUUAGUUAUUUUUUAACUUUAUUUAUACCAUGUGCACAAAGAUGUAUUUUAUAUCUUUUUUUCUAU